AUGUGGCCCUCUGUGUUAAAGGUGCUUAGUAUGGUUGAUGAAGAUGGACGUGGACCAUCUCAAGCAGCGGGUUUGAUAGAAAAAAUGGAGAGCUUUAAAUUUGCUUUCAUUUUGAAAUUAAUGUUAAAUUUGUUUGGUAUCACAAACGAGCUUUCAAAUGUCUUGCAAAGAAAAGAUCUUAAUAUUGUGAUUGCCAUGGAAUUAGUUGAUGAUGUCAAAGCUCGAUUGGCCACAACGAGAGAGAGUGCUUGGGAUAAUUUAUUUUCUGAUGUCCAAGAUUUUUGUGUUGCUAAAGGUAUUCCAGUUCCAAAUAUGGAUGAUGAAAUACCGGUUCGGGGUCGUUCAAGGGUAGAAGGGAGGACUGUCAAUAAUCUUCAUCAUUACCGUGCAGAGAUUUUUUAUGUUGCUAUUGACAAAAUAUGUGUGGAGAUGGAUCAUCGCUUUAGUGAAGAAAACUUUCCUGAUGAUGACCGAGGAACAAUAAGGGAUCAACUUGAGACUUAUGUUCUUCAAGUGAGAAGAAAUGCUUCAUUUUCCACUUGUGAAGAUGUUCAAAGUUUGGCUAUGAAGAUGGUUCAAACUGAGAAACAUUUAGUAUUUCCAUUGGUUUAUAAACUUAUUGAGUUAGCUUUGAUAUUGUCGGUGUCGACAGCAUCCGUUGAAAGAGCUUUUUCAGCAAUGAAGAUUAUCAAGUCUAAAUUGCGCAAUAAGAUCAAUGAUGUGUGGUUCAAUGACUUGAUGGUAUGUUACACUGAGCGGGAGAUAUUCAAAUCACUUAAUGAUAUUGAUAUUAUUCGAACAUUCACCGCAAAAAAGUCUCGGAAAGGACAUUUGCCUCGUAAUUUUAUUUAA